AUGGCGGUCACCAGCAGUAGCACUACAGCUUCUGAAGGAAUUCAAGGAACAAAAUCUUCAGCAACAAUUGUUUUAACAAACUCGCCACACAAUCAAUUCUUUGUUUGGAGAGAGUUCUUAUGGGGAGCCCUUGCUGGUGGCUUUGGGGAAGGGAUGAUGCACCCAAUUGAUACCGUGAAAACUCGAAUCCAAAGUCAAGCCAUUUUGACUCAAAGCCAGAAUCAAAAGACUAUAUUACAGAUGGUCAGAGCUGUCUGGGGUGCUGAUGGUUUAAGAGGUUUUUAUAGAGGGGUGGCACCUGGGGUAACUGGAUCUCUUGCAACGGGUGCAACAUACUUUGGUGUCAUAGAAUCCACCAAAAAGUGGAUUGAAGAAACACAUCCGAAUCUUGGAGGUCAUUGGGCCCAUUUCAUUGCUGGUGCUUUAGGAGAUACACUUGGGUCUUUUAUAUAUGUUCCUUGCGAGGUGAUUAAGCAACGUAUGCAGGUUCAAGGAACAAAGAAAUACUGGAGUUCAGUUGUGAUGAAAGAUGGUGCAUCUGAUGCCAGUUUGAGUAUGUAUGGAUACUAUUCUGGAAUGUUUCAAGCUGGAUGUUCAAUAUGGAAAGAUCAAGGACCAAAGGGACUAUAUGCAGGGUAUUGGUCUACACUUGCAAGGGAUGUCCCAUUUGCUGGUUUAAUGGUUACGUGUUAUGAAGCGUUGAAAGAAGUAACAGAAUACGGGAGGCAAAAGUGGUUCCCUAAUUCAAGAUUCCAUGUCAAUAGUUCUUUUGAGGGGCUUGUAUUGGGAGGAAUAGCUGGAGGUGUUAGUGCAUAUCUUACAACUCCUUUAGAUGUAAUCAAAACAAGGCUACAAGUACAAGGCACAAUCGUAAGAUAUAAUGGUUGGAUGGAUGCAUUUCGUAGAAUAUGGUUGAUUGAAGGUGCAAAGGGGUUUUUUAGAGGAAGCAUUCCACGGGUGAUAUGGUAUGUUCCAGCUUCUGCACUUACAUUCAUGGCUGUUGAAUUCCUCAGAGACCAAUUCAAUGAGACAAAGACACCAAACACAGAUACAGUCACUAGCUUAAUAUUAGACAAAAGUAAGCCUCCUUUGCAACAAAAUUAG